AUGCCAGUCUUUGAUCUGAAGAAGAACCUCGUCUUCUAUGGCGCAUAUCACCGCGAGCCAACAAACGUCGCCAUCCACAUAGCAUGCGUGCCUGUCCUGCUUGCGACAGGCAUUCUCUUCGGCACAAACACACCCACCCUCCCCAUCCGCCAACACCCCCUCCUACCCCGCCUCAACCUCCCCUUGAACCUAGGCACAAUCGCUGCAGCUACCUACUCAACUCUCUACCUCCUUCUCUCUCCCAACCUCGCUGGCGUGACCGUCACCCCCAUAAUCCUCGCCUUCGCAUCGCUCUCCAACCGCCUCACGCAGCGCUACAACAAGACCAAAGUCAACAGCAUUGCCGUCGCCGUCCACGUCGUAAGCUGGAUACUUCAAUUCGUUGGACAUGGCAAGUUUGAAGGGCGCAAACCCGCACUGCUAGACAAUUUGGUCCAGGCCCUGUUCCUGGCGCCCUUGUUCGUGUGGUAUGAAGUGCUGUUCAAGAUGGGCUUCUACAAAGGGUUGAAGAGGGAGGUAGAGCUUGGUGUUGAGGCCGAGAUUGCAAAGUUGAAGGCAAAAAAGGCGGACAAGGGUAAGGGGAUCGCACUCGACGAUUCUGCGGACGCUAUGGAUGAUGUUGUGGACGCUGUCCUUGAUGAGGAAAAAGAGGGCAGUGAUGAAAUAUAG